AUGAUGAAAAACGAGAGUAUUACAAGGAUACUUCUUGAAAAAGAGGCGAAUGUACACGCAGAAGAUAUAAAAAGUCGUACUCCACUUUUAUAUGCAGUGAAACACAAUAAAUUGGAACAGUGCAGAUUACUUCUACAACACGGAGAGAGAAUUGAAAAUAAACCUAGAAGGGUGACGAAAUUAUUCAACGCACUUUUUCGUCAUGCCAAAAAAUUGAAUAUAAAUAUAUUUACUACUGAUGUUUAUGGCAAGACACUUUUGCACAGAGUGGCUGAAAACACUCGCAUUCAAAAUGCGGUAAAAUGUGGCGAACUGCUCCUCAAAAACGGUGCUAACAUCAAUGUUAUAACCAGAAAAGGUGAUUCAGCUCUUCACCUUACAGCUGAUAACUGUUCGGGUCUGCCAUUUUACGAACUCAAGUUCGAAGAGGAUGCGGACCUCAAUAUAUGUAAUAAAAAAAAUAAAACAUUCUUUGAUGUCGUCAUCGAACGGUCUGAGAUUCUCCUAGAAGGCUUCAUCAAAUAUUUAGUCCUGGCCAAAGCCAGAGGAAAAAUUGAUAAUAAUUUUGGCACUGUGAUCUUGAAUACGAUCGAGUUCGCGGAGUACAUGGAAUGCCAAGAAGAAUUGAACAGAUUAAAGAAAAUUCAAAUCAAUAGCACAAAAUCUUUCACUUUGUGGCACAUGAUAGUUCACGAUGAUGAAAAGAUAUAUCGGCAUAGUGUAAAUGAAAGACUAGGUGAUAUCGUUGCUGAACAAAUUAAAAAGUUUCCAAUGUAUAUUGCUGAAAUAGAGAGGACUUACAAAAGCGAUUAUGAAAAAUGA